GUCAUAUUUGGUUUAAUAAACUCGAAUAUGAAGAGAGUUAAUCCGAUUACAUAUCGAUAAAAUUGAACCAAACGGUUAGAUUAAUUGAAUAGUCUUUUCGGUGAAUUCCCCUAGUGAAAAGAGGCCCUACAGCUUCAAAUUUCCCACCAUCAAUUCUUAAGCUCCUACAACCAUCAUCUAUUCCACCAAAAAACCUCUGAGUUCAUCUCUUAAGGAAUUGUUCAGGAUUUGUCAUGAUGAACAUUCAUGAAUCAGAGCAUGCUUCGGGACAAAGGUGUAUCAAAUCAUUCCCAUUUUCGUUGUUUCAAAGACGACGAGGAGGUCCAUGUAAUAAGAGAAGCAACUGCAACCAAAAGGCAUACAUUUUAAACUCCAAAGAUCCAGUCUAUAGUAAUCUGGAAACUAAUAAGGUGAAGGAAACGAAGCGCUUGGUGUCUGAACUCUGUAGACACGUUUACACGCUCGGCUGGGUAUCAGGUACAGGAGGCAGCAUUACUAUCAGAGUCCAUGAUAAUGCUACAUCCAGGUCUUCACAAUUAAUUGUCAUGUCCCCUUCAGGUGUUCAGAAGGAUAAGGUAGACCCAGAUGACAUGUUUGUGCUUUCUAGUGAUGGUUGUAUUUUGUGCAAACCUAAUACCAAGGUUUAUCCUCAUAAACCUCCAAAGUGUACUGACUGUGCUCCUAUUUUCUUGAAGGCCUAUGAGAUGCGUAAUGCUGGGGCCGUGAUUCAUAGUCAUGGAAUAGAGGCUUGUCUUGUAACAAUGAUCCAUCCUCUGUCCAAGGAGUUCCGAAUAACUCAUAUGGAAAUGAUAAAAGGAAUUGAAGGACAUGGUUACCAUGACGAACUUGUGGUUCCAAUAAUUGAAAACACUGCAUAUGAAGGGGAGCUUACAGAAUCUUUUACUAAAGCGAUCGAAGCUUAUCCGAAGACAACAGCAGUGCUUGUUCGCAACCAUGGUGUGUAUAUCUGGGGAGAAACAUGGAUCAGUGCAAAGACUCAAGCUGAAUGUUAUCACUACCUGUUUGAUGCUUCAAUUAAGAUGCAUCAGUUGGGAUUGGAUCGGUUUUCCACAGGCCAUGAUCCAUAUCCCUCUAGUGGAGUUUGCAGAUGCAUGAAAAAUGGUUGUGCCAUGAGGAAGAAAACUAUUGGCUUUGGUUGUGUCACUGAGCUUGUACAGCGGUCUAUUCUUCUUGACAUAGAAGGGACAGCAACUUCACUUCCCACCAAAUUCUUACCCUCUAACACAAGCAAAAGCAUGAAUCCCGUAUUGAAAUCGGCAUUUGAAACCAGUGAGUUGGUUGGUGUCAUGUCCAAUGAAAUGCCAGAAAUUCUAGGAAGAUGGCAUGCCUCGGGUAUCAAGGUUUACCUAUAUUCGAGCAGUAGCAGAGGAGCACAACGGCUUUUGUUUAGCAACUCCAGACACGGGGACUUGAGGAAGUACAUAUGUGGCUAUUUUGAUACCACAACAGGAGGCAAAACAGAACCGAAAAGUUACUUGGAGAUACUGCAAACAGUCGGCAUUGAUAAACCUGAGGAGCUUUUGCUCGUGACAAGUGACAUGGAAGCAGCUAUGACAGCAAGGGCAGUAGGUUUAGAAGUGGUGAUCAUACUCCGGCCAGGAAAUGCACCCCUCCCAGGAUCUCACAAUUUUAAAACUACUGAAUCGUUGCUACAAAUAUGAUUAUAUUUGUUUAGAUUAGGCUUUUGACCAAAUAGUAUACAUUGAAGUUUUAAGACAAAUAAGCUUAUAAUAAAUAAUCAGAUGUUUAUGCAUUGAGAUUCUUAAGUAUAAUAGCGAGUCGAAGGGCAGUUCCAUCUAAUAAUAAUCAAAUUUUAAAGUCAAACGCAAGGGCAUGUUCUUUUUUUUCUUUUUCCUAAUAUCUUAAAACGAAAUUAUCUAAUGAUUAUCUAAUAAUAAUCGGAAUAAUUUUAUGACCUGUAAUGGGAUCUCAAUUUAUUUGAGAAUAAAUCAUUUGCUACACUUUCUUUCAAAUACUCAUCCAUACUCAUUUUUAUUUCCACCCAUUAGCCAAAUAUCCCUGAUUUUAUCUUCCUAGCAAGCAUGGUAUACAAAAUACAACCCAUAAUUUUAAAUAUAGGUGAUCUUGCAGGGCAUGUGAAUGUGAGACCAUUCCGAAUAAUAAAUUACAAUCGGACGAG